AGAAUGACUAAGGACAAAGAUUGGGUUUUCUUGAUAUAGCAAAAGCUAAACCUCAAAGGGACCAUUUUAUUUAGAGAACUUCACAACAAGCACUCAAACUCUCAAAACUCUCAAAACUCUCAAACUCAUCUCUCAACCACUUCCAUCUUCUCUAAUCAAGAACAAUAAAGUUGUACCAAGAUUAAGAAAGACAAACCAAGUUGGUUCUUCUUUGCUCUAGUUGGUUUCCACCAUCAACACAAAAUUCACACUUUUACUUUUUUUAGGAGUGUGAAAUGAAAUCUUCAUGUCUGUCUCCCUGACUCACUCUCUCAUCAAUUGUAGGGUCUUGUUUGUUUUUUUCUUCUGUUUCUGUGGCCCCUACAAUCCUCCCACUUGCUUCUCUUCUUCUUCUUACCUUACCUGCCCUUUCAUCUUAUGUUGUCUCUCCCAUUUUUGUCACUCUUUCUUUCUUCCUUAUAUAGCUUCUCAUUCUUCUUGUUUUCAUGCUUCCUAAAAGUAUCAUUUUUAUGCUACUAAACCUUUGAUUCUAUUUCUAUGUUAUGUCUGCUUAUUAGGAUACUUGUUUUGUUUCACUUUCUUGAUUCUCAAACGUGUAAAGUUUCUUUCUUUAUAACUCUUGUUUUUUGAGACUCAGAUUCAUUCAUGCUUGGUCUAACAACACUAUGGAGAGGUUUUCACUUCUUUAACAUUCACUAUUUCAACCACCUCAAAAGUUAUGAAGAACAUUCUUAAGAAACUUCAUAUAAUGUCUAAUAAUCAAUCAGAAGAGGCACAGGGUGAAAGGAGUAAUAAAGUCAAUGAUGCUUCCUCUUCCUCUCCUACUACCCGAAAGAAGCUUUCCAAUUGGUUGCAGUCGGUUUCUUCUACUACUAGGCAGACUCCAUGCAGUCCUCCAUCUCCAAAUUUGGCUAGAGGGGACAGACUGGAGCUAUCUGAUUCAGUGAGUUUUGGUGGUGGUUUGGAUGAAUCGACCAAACAUGAUUCGGAGUCUAGCGGUUCAAGGGAUCCUGAAGUGGAGGAAGAGUAUCAGAUUCAACUUGCUUUAGAGCUGAGUGCAAAGGAGGAUCCUGAGGCUGUGCAGAUUGAAGCUGUUAAGCAGAUCAGUUUGGGAUCUUGUGACCCUGAUAAUACACCAGCCGAAGUUGUCGCAUACCGAUACUGGAAUUACAAUGCUCUUGGUUAUGAUGACAAGAUCUCAGAUGGUUUCUAUGAUCUGUACGGCGUCUUAACCGAGUCAACCUCGACGAGAAUGCCUUCUCUUAUAGAUCUGCAAGGAACACCAACCGCAAAUGAUGUAAAAUGGGAAGCAGUCUUGGUUAAUAGAGUUGCCGAUUCCAAUUUGUUGAAACUUGAGCAAAAGGCCAUGGAGCUUGCAGUGAAGUCAAGAGAAGAUUUUGAAAUAGUUGUAGAUAGAAAUCUGGUGCACAAGCUUGCAAUACUAGUGGCUGAAUAUAUGGGUGGAUCAGUUGAAAAUCCUGAAAGCAUGUUAAGAGCAUGGAGGAGUCUUAGUUUCAGUCUGAAAGCGACUCUCGGUAGCAUGGUUUUGCCUCUUGGUUCGCUGACCAUGGGAUUGGCUCGCCAUCGCGCAUUGCUAUUUAAGGUAUUAGCCGAUAGUUUGGGCAUCCCUUGUCGGUUGGUGAAAGGAAUGCAAUAUACCGGUUCCGAUGAUGUGGCAAUGAACUUUGUUAAGAUUGACGAAGGAAGGGAGUACAUUGUUGACCUCAUGGCAGCUCCUGGAACUCUUAUUCCAUCUGAUGCAGCUGGUUCGCAUAUUGAGUACGAUGAUUCUUCUUUCGUUGCUAGUCCUUCAUCAAGAGACCAUGAUUCGUCUCGCAUUGCAUCGUUCAGCAGCGGAGUUGGAAGUUCAUCCGGAGAAACUUCGGAGUUUGGGACUUUUGAAAAAGGAAACAGGUACAAGCAUUUUGCCUAUGCAGGGAAGGAAUCUGAUACUGGCAAGGAAGAAGUAAAGAAAGCGUUAAAUGAAUUCAAAAAUAUGCCGAACGUAGAAAAGAUCAAGGCGAGGGAAUCUGUUAGCAGACCUAAUAAUUAUCCAUACACGCACGGAAGAUCUCCGUCUUGGACAGAAGGGAUCAGUUCCCCUGCAGCACAUAGAAUGAAAGUCAAAGAUGUUUCUCAAUAUAUGAUUGACGCUGCGAAGGAGAACCCCAACUUGGCUCAAAAGCUUCACGAUGUUUUACUUGAAAGCGGCGUCGUUGCUCCUCCAAACUUGUUUUCUGAAAUUUAUCACGACCAGAUAGGUUCUCAAAAUGAGGCCAAUCCAAAUGAGGACAAUUCUCCAACUGAAGAAAAAGAUGAAUAUAAACACGCAAGUGCGCAGAAAGAAGCCAAGGUUGGCGAUAAUCUAGCUCCUCCUCGGUUUUUGCCUCCAUUGCCUCCACACAGAACUCAUCCCAAAGCAAGUCCUAACAAUCCGACGGAGCAUUCUAAGUCUGUAGAAGGUUUGGGAAUCGGCCUUUCGCUUGAUACAAGGGAAGCAGCUGGACAGCAGAUACAAUCCGAUACAGAAGCAGCACAAGUAAAGUACGGAAAAAAUGUCCCGGUUGCUGCUGCUGCAGCGGCUGCGGCGGCUGUUGUCGCUUCUUCUAUGGUAGCUGCCGUGGCAAAGUCAAGCACUGACUCAAAUUUUGAGAUUCCUGUAGCGGCAGCUGCUACUGCUACUGCUGCGGCUGUUGUAGCAACCACUGCUGCUGUCAAUAAACAGUAUGAGCAGGGGAGUCGAAGUGAUGGAGAUACGGGCAGUGGCGAUGGAGAGAAUAACGCUUUAGGAGCAAACUCAGAAGGCGAGCGAAAAUCUGAUAGAUCAGUAAGUAAUGAUAGCACAAAAUCUGACUCUGCACUAGAAGAUGUUGCUGAGUAUGAUAUUCCAUGGGAGGAAAUCUCGAUGGGCGAACGUAUCGGACUUGGAUCGUAUGGAGAAGUGUAUCGCGGUGAAUGGCAUGGAACUGAAGUUGCUGUUAAGAAGUUUCUACUUCAAGAUAUCUCUGGGGAAUCACUUGAAGAAUUCAAAAGUGAGGUCCAAAUAAUGAGAAGACUGAGGCAUCCAAAUGUUGUUCUCUUCAUGGGAGCUAUAACUCGACCUCCAAAUCUUUCCAUUGUUACUGAAUUUCUUCCGAGAGGGAGUUUGUAUAGAUUACUUCACCGGCCUAACAGUCAAUUAGACGAGCGAAGGCGAUUGAGGAUGGCCCUGGACGCCGCUCGAGGAAUGAACUAUUUGCACAACAGCACACCAGUGAUAGUGCAUCGGGAUUUGAAGUCCCCGAACCUUCUUGUCGACAAAAACUGGGUUGUAAAGGUAUGUGAUUUCGGCUUAUCUCGAAUGAAGUACAGUACAUUCCUUUCUUCAAGAUCAACUGCGGGAACAGCCGAGUGGAUGGCGCCAGAAGUGUUGAGAAAUGAACUUUCAGAUGAAAAGUGUGAUGUUUUUAGCUACGGAGUCAUAUUAUGGGAGCUCUCUACUUUGCGCCAACCCUGGGGAGGAAUGAAUCCAAUGCAAGUUGUCGGUGCUGUGGGUUUCCAGCAUCGCCGUCUUGACAUUCCAGACAAUGUGGACCCUGCCGUUGCAAAUAUUAUUCGACAGUGUUGGCAGACAGAUCCAAAAUUGAGACCGACAUUUGCUGAAAUCAUGGCGUUGCUGAAGCCGUUGCAAAAGCCAAUUACUGCGUCUCAAGUGCAUAGAGCAAAUGCUCACGCGCCAUCAUCGCGAGUUCCUGAAGAUCCUGAAGCAUAGUAGACGAUUAUACAGCUAACGAAACGUUUCCAUCUUACUGCUAAAAAAGGCGAGGGCAAUUUGUAAAUUAUUUUCCAUUACUGAUAGGUUCAAAACCGUAUCAGCUAACGAACGUUCAUUCUUAUUCAAGGUUUUUGUGCCCGUCUUUUUUUCCUUUUUCUCUAUCUGUUUCCUUUCUCUUCUGUAAUCUACAACGCAGGCGGCCAUUGUCAGGUUGUUCCAUUCUGUUUGUACAAAAUUCUUUGGCAAAAGAUGUUGUAAUCAGAAUCUAAAUUUUGUUGUCCAUAUAUAGUUAUUAAAAGUUGCAGUUGUAACUUCAACAGAAGAAAGGAUUAAAUGUAAGUGAAAAAUGCUUGCUUCUGUAUCUAGUAAUCAUGUAAAUUCA